AUGGGCGAUCACGACGACUUUGAAGAUAACCAGUACCCAGACAACGACGAGUUUGUUCCAUACGUGACUGCCGGCAAUCUCACACAAAGAAAUGGCGCGAAAGUGGCGAUUUGGGGCAAAAUCACUAGAGUAUCAGCGAGCGAGGGCUUUUACAUCAAGACCGUCGAUGACCAAGAAGUACUUAUCAAGCUGAGGAAGCCCUUAGACGAGCCUUUGGAAGGUUGGUACGAGAUUUUUGGCGUGUCUCAAGGGAAAAGCAUACUAUGCGAUGAAUAUGUACCAUUUAAUCAAGAAAUGACCAAAAAUGUCGAUGUAGAAGGACACAAAGGCUUGGCGAGACUGUUAGGAGCCCUGGAUGAUCCCUGGAACCUUGGGGACGAAGGAUCAAAUGGGUUAAAUGGUGUAAUGCCAAUGGAAUGA